AUGGGCGGCACGUGCGGCGGCCCCCGCCAUCGCGGGGCUGUCGAGGCGAGCCCGAGGCCCUCCAGGACGGCCAAGGUGGAAGGCCCCGGGCCGGCCCUGGACAGUCGCCGAGGGGACCAGAAGAAGAGCAAGUUGGAGGUGGAGGAGGUCAUGCGGGCCGCGGAGAAAGGCGGGGAAGGCAAAAGCCUGACGGCCAUCAGAGAAAGAAUCAUCAAGACCGAGGAGCCCGAGAGACUCCACGAGGACUGCAGACUCGACAGGGAGCCCGCGUCUAAUGGGCUGGUCCAUGGCGGCAAGGAGGUCAUCCUGGCCCAGCCGUCCAGCGCCUUCGGGCCGCACCAGCAAGACCUCAGGAUCCCUUUGACUCUCCACACGGUCUCCCCUGGGGCCCAGAUCCAGUUUCAGGGACCGCCACCUUCAGAGCUGAUACGCUUGACCAAGGUUCCCCUGACACCAGUGCCUAUUAAAAUGCAGUCCUUGCUGGAGCCUUCUGUAAAAAUUGAAACCAAAGAUGUCCCGCUCACCGUGCUUCCCUCAGACGCAGGAAUACCAGAUACUCCCUUCAGUAAGGACAGAAAUGGCCAUGUGAAGCGACCCAUGAAUGCAUUUAUGGUUUGGGCAAGGAUCCACCGGCCAGCACUAGCCAAAGCUAACCCAGCAGCUAACAAUGCAGAAAUCAGUGUCCAGCUUGGGUUAGAGUGGAACAAACUUAGUGAAGAACAAAAGAAACCUUAUUAUGAUGAAGCGCAAAAGAUUAAAGAAAAGCACAGAGAGGAAUUUCCUGGUUGGGUUUAUCAGCCUCGGCCAGGGAAGCGAAAACGCUUCCCUCUAAGUGUUUCCAAUGUAUUUUCUGGUACCACACAGAAUAUCACUUCUCCAAAUCCUACAACAAUUUAUCCUUAUCGCUCACCUACCUACUCUGUGGUAAUUCCCAGCCUACAAAACACCAUCAUUCAUCCAGUUGGUGAAGCCCCACCUGCCAUCCAGUUGCCCACACCUGCAGUCCAGCGUCUAAGCCCCAUCACACUUUUCCAGCCUGCCGUCUCCAGUACUGCCCAGGUGGCCGUUCAGGCUCCAAAUCUGCCCCUCCGCCCAGCACUCUCACCCCAGCGCUUUGCUGGGCCCUCCCAAACGGACACACAUCAGCUGCAUUCUGGAGCCAGUCACUCUGUAAAGAGACCUACACCUGUCUCUCCGGAGAGCACCAAUAGGAUUUCAACUAGUGCAAGUACUGCCCAUGCCAGAUUUGCAACCUCGCCCAUCCAACCUCCCAAGGAGUAUCCAAGCGUUUCCACUUGUCCCAGAGGUGCUCCAAUCCCCCAGGCUCCUCCUCUUCCACACUCACACGUCUACCAGACCCCACCCCUUGGCCAUCCAGCCACACUAUUUGGGACACCACCUCGAUUCUCUUUUCAUCAUCCUUACUUCCUGCCUGGACCUCACUACUUCCCAUCAAGCACGUGUCCCUAUAGUCGGCCUCCCUUUGGCUAUGGAAAUUUUCCAAGUUCAAUGCCAGAAUGCCUUGGUUAUUAUGAAGACAGGUACCAAAAACAUGAGGCUAUGUUUUCAGCUUUAAAUAGAGACUAUCCUUUCAGAGACUACCCAGAGGAACGCACACACAGUGAAGAUUCUCGGAGUUGUGAGAGCAUGGAUGGGACCUCUUACUAUAAUAGUCACAGUCACAGUGGGGAAGAAUUCCUAAAUCCCAUGCCUCAGCUCGACAUCGGAGUCUUGGAGAAUGUCUUAACAGCUCCUACAUCAACUCCCUCUAGCAUCCAGCAAGUCAAUGUCACUGAUAGUGAUGAGGAGAAAGAAGAAAAAGUGCUUAGGAAUUUAUAAUUUUAAAACAAAUAUGCACAGAAAAUAAACAUUUCUUAAAAUAUAUUCUGGGUCAGUUGGUGUGAGAGAAAAAAGCCUAGAAUGCUUUGUUGAGAGUUUUCAGCCAUGAUUUGAGGAGUCAAACCAAAUGCAAUUUAUGCCUUCAUAACAUUUUUAUUAGUGAAACUGGAGUCCUGAUGUUUCAUCGUAUGAAUAUUUAAGAUACAAAAUAGUUUAUUUUUGUGGAAGAAAUUUGCAUCAACAUAUAUUUUCAUCACUUUAUCUUGGAAUGUGCAAAAUACCAAAUCUUCACAAGUAUAUGUGAGGGAAAAAGGAGUAUGACAUGACAAGCGUGAUUUGUAUUUUAUUUCAGGAUACAUUAUUUAUUUUUCUUAUAUGAUUUUUUAUUUGGUCUUUAUGUAAUAUUUAUGGGUGUAAAUUUUAAUGUAACAUUUUGAAAAUAUUUUGAUAACUUUUAUUAGUGAAUUGGGACUGUUACUAAAUUUAAUUUAUACUGAUAACCAAUUAUAACUUUCAAAUGUGUUUUAAUGUCACCUGGGUAAUUCCUUCAGCUAAAUUAGUCAUUUCUGUUUCUAAACAUUUUCACCAUCUUUUUUUGGAUAUCUUUUUCCAUUUGGUAUUCAUUGUUCUACUUUUGUUAUAAUUAAAUAAAUGUAGAUGAAAUUGUU